AAACAUCCCGAGAGUAUGAAGGCGUACGAUAUGAUCUUACACCCAAGACAACUCUACCAAAGACAAGCUAGCCAUGAGAGAUUCCAAAUCUCUAAAGCUUUCUUUAGUUGCAAGUUGUCUGUUGGAAGCCCCGUUGGUCCGCAUGUUCUCAAGAUGAUUGGCUAUGUUUGGACUCUUGAAAAAUUGGGUUUCGCACUAAGGACUGAACUUGCAACUGAUCUGACUCUGCAAUCAUUGCUAGAGUUGUACAAGCAGUUUGUGGUUAAUUAUGAGAUACAUGAACUCGAUAAACCACUACGAGAACUUUUGAAGAUGCUGCAAACUGCUGAAGAGAGCUUCACCAAAGGAAGGGGAGUUAUGUCCUAGUUCAAGGGGGGAAAGCAGGAAGAAGUUCAAGAAGACAAAGAAGAAUGGAGGUAAAGGCAAGGGCAAUACCAAGCCAAAGUCCACUUCUUUUAGGCUAAAGACUAAAGGCGGAGUGGCCAAAGAUUCCAUUUGUCAUCGCUGUGGCGAUGUUGGCCACUGGAAGAGAAAUUGCAAACAGUAUUUGGCAACCAAGAAAAAGGGUGAAGCUUC